UUAAAAUCGAGGAAUCAUAAAUUCAACGAUUCAACUGAAGUGAAAUUACAGGAUGGAGGAUGUAUACCAGGACAAAUCUAUGCCGCAAGAGCCAGAAUUCAGCUAUAAUCAUAGAGCUGUUCAGGCAGAUGAGCACCAGGAUGAUCUGGAGACAAAUUGGUCCAAAGAAUCGGACUUUUAUGCCAUCUUGAACGUCUCCAAGAAGGCCUCGGACGCUGAGAUCAAAUUAGCUUACAACCGUUUAAGCAAAGUAUUUCAUCCGGACAACCAAAGCAACUCAUCACUCAAAGAAGCAGCAGAAACAAAGCUUGCAAUCCUUACUAGAGCAUUCGAAGUCUUGAGCAAUCCUCAAUUGCGCUCAGCAUAUGAUGAAUAUGGGGAAGAGGGAUUGAAAAAUAAAUGGGAAGUGGCGCACAAUAUCAAGACUCCACAAGAGACGAUGGAUGAAUUUGCCCGUCUUGCUCGGGAGCGACAGCAAUUGGAGUUGGAGAAUAUGGUUCGAUCCAGGAAUGAUAUCAUUAUUAAUAUAGAUGCCAGUAGAGUCUUUGAACGGCACCACUCCCCUAUACCCUUUGGGCUGUCGACAAAGAAGAAUAAGGCAAUAAGCAUACUGGACUCUUUGAAAAGAACUGAUAUAAUGAAUCUUUACAUGAAGAAUUCGUUUGAGACAAAUUUUGGGCCACGCACGCAGUUGAUACUAGGAGGAAACAUGUUUUCGCGAUCUGGACGAGCCGGCGGCAACGUUUUUGGUACAGUUCGACAUGCGAUUUCAGACAAGCUUACCAUGGAAUUUGGAACAUCGUUCUUGAAUCCGGGAUCUAGCCUAAUCAAAGGAACUUACAGCAUUGAUCCGCGAACCUAUGUUUCUGGCACUGCAUUUACGCGAAACUUUCAGGGUCCGAUGCCGCUAGUCAUGACUUUUGGGCGUAAAAUCACGAAAAAAGCUACAGGAUAUGUCACUUACCGCACAGGGGAAUGGGCUCUUGGAUCAUGGGGACCUUUGUUUGAGGAUCGCCAGCAUUUUUCAUCCAUGUCGUUAGGAAUCACCUCUGUUAAUCCAGCCAAAGAGCAAUAUCAAGUCGAACUCCAGGCUGGUGUAAAGGAAUCGCAUCUGCUGGUAGAUCGCACAUGGCAUCUGGAUGAUUCCACCAGAGUAAGAGUCGGUACAAGGAUGUCGAAUUUAGCAGGACUUGGUACUAGCGUCGGUGCAGACCGCAAGGUCACAAAGCACACCAAGUUAGGCUUGGCUGUAGAAGUUGCUCUGACAGGAGGAGUUGCAUUCAAUAUGAAAUUUGUGCGAUUGGGCCAAACGGUGACGAUUCCCAUCUUAUUGUCAUCUGAUUUCAGCCCCAGAUUUGUAUUCUGGACAGCAGUGGCACCGAUCUGUGCGCUUGCUGCGCUUGAUUUAGGGUAUAUUAAGCCCAAGAAGAGGCGUGAGCGUGCACAGAAGCUACAGGAGCUUCGUAGAGUUCAUGCAGAAUUUAUUGAAAAUCAAAAAAGGGAAGCGGAGGAAGCUCUCAAUUUGUUGAAGGAAUCGACUGCACGCAAGGCCAAACAAGAACAGGAUAAAGGCGGCCUUGUUAUUAUAGAAGCAGUGUAUGGAAACUUGGGUGCAGGGCUCGUAGCUGAAGUGACGAUCGCUGUCCAGGCACUGGUGAACAACUCCCAGUUGGUCUUACCUGGUGGUCACUCCAAGAACCACAUCCUUGGUUUCUAUGAUCCUUGUCUAGGAGAGAAGAAACAACUAAGAAUAAGAUACGAAUUCCAGAAGCGCAUGCACGAGGUUAUCAUUGCUGAUACAGACCAUGUAGCGCUCCCAGCUCGAAAUCAUCUUAUCAACCCCUAAUAGUGUAAUAGUGACAGGAUGGAC